AUCUGUAUCAAGUGCCUGGUACAGGGCGGGUGGUGAGCAAAUUAUCUACUGUACAAGGACUGUGUGGCAGGGACUGUAUGAGACAAUGCAGAGUGACACUGCAGGAAGUUGCAUGUGUUGCAAUGCUACCACCGAGCAGCUGAAAGCUUUGUGACAGUGUGGGGUGUCACAGUCGGACAGUGACUGGUGAGGGAGGGUCACUGUGAAUGGCUGUAGUGUGUGACAGAGCAGAAUGUCACCGCAGGAGUAGCUGUGUCCUGUGUGUGACUGACUGCGAGCGCCUAAUAGACUCUGGCUAGGCUGCUGGACUCGGGCGUCACCGGGGAAGAGUUUGAGGGAGCUGGAGAUGCCCUGCACCAAGAUGGCAGCUGGGGGAGGCCGCUUGUCUCUGGCUGCACAGCCAGGAACGGCGGAGGGGAAGCAGAAGGCGGGGGAGGGCGGGAAGCCAUUCGCAGGUCACUCGGGUUAGAUCCACGCGAGGCACUAGGCGCAGCCGCCCAGCCCCGCGACCAACUAGCGCGGCCUCUCGCCGCCUAGCCGCGGGCACCGGCGGUGGGCGGGGCCAGCAGCGCAAACGGCCGGCAGCGGGGACCGGACCUGCACAGGCCGCCUAUGACGGGCGGCGGGUGGGCCCGCGAGUCACAGCCGGCCAACCGGGGCCAGCCAGGAGCCUGAGGGUUGGAAGCCCCCAACACAAGAUGCUGAGCUCCUUCCUGAGCCCCCAGAAUGGCACCUGGGCAGACACCUUCUCUCUGCUCUUGGCUCUUGCCAUUGCCCUCUACUUGGGUUACUACUGGGCAUGUGUGCUUCAGAGGCCUCGGCUGGUGGCUGGGCCGCAGUUUCUGGCCUUCCUGGAGCAACACUGUUCCAUCACUACGGAGACUUUCUACCCAACGCUGUGGUGUUUUGAGGGGCGACUACAAAGCAUCUCCCAAGUCCUCCUGCAGUCUCAGCCCCUAGUCCUUUAUCAGAGUGACAUUCUCCAAACACCAGAUGGAGGCCAGCUCCUGCUAGACUGGGCCAAGCAGCCUGACAGCAGCCAAGACCCUGAUCCUACUACGCAGCCCAUCGUGCUGCUGCUUCCUGGCAUCACCGGCAGUAGCCAGGAGACAUACGUCUUGCACCUAGUUAACCAAGCUCUGAGGAAUGGCUACCAAGCUGUCGUGUUUAACAACCGGGGCUGCCGUGGGGAGGAACUGCGGACACACAGGGCUUUUUGUGCCAGCAAUACUGAAGAUCUAGAGACAGUCGUGAACCACAUAAAGCACCGCUAUCCCCAAGCUCCACUGCUGGCCGUGGGCAUCUCUUUUGGAGGGAUACUGGUGCUGAAUCAUCUGGCACAGACCGGGCAGGCUGCAGGGCUGGUGGCAACACUGACUCUGUCUGCAUGCUGGGAUUCCUUUGAGACCACUCGCUCCCUGGAAACCCCACUCAACUCACUGCUCUUCAAUCAGCCCCUCACUGCUGGGCUCUGCCAACUUGUGGAACGCCAAACUCUUAUGUACUCUUGCAAAAACAGAAAGGUGAUUGAAAAGGUGGUGGACAUAGACUUUGUGCUACAGGCCCACACUAUCCGCCAGUUUGAUGAGCGCUACACAUCUGUGGCCUUUGGCUAUCAAGACUGUGUUACCUACUAUAAAGCAGCAAGCCCUAGAACCAAGGUAGAUGCCAUCCGGAUCCCUGUGCCCUGUCUCAAUGCAACAGAUGACCCCUUCUCCCCCGUCUGUGCCCUUCCCAUACAGGCCGCCCAACACUCCCCCUACGCUGCGCUGCUCAUCACAGCCUGGGGUGGCCACAUCAGCUUCCUGGAAGGGCUGCUCCCAUGGCAGCACUGCUACAUGAGCCGCCUCUCGCAUCAGUAGGCCAAAGCCAUCUUCCAGCACCCAGAGGGGCUGCCUGACCUCAGGGCUCUCUCACCUUCUGAGGACAGAAAUAGCUGACAAGAGUACCAUUUGAGGUCUCAGUUCACUCUUUCCUUGUUUAUUAAAUAUCAACUUUUCCUGCCUAAUGGGCUGAGGUUCAUUUUCCCAUUCCUCAAGGUUAGGGUAGACUACCUAGGAACUUAUUGCAUCUUUAGGCUGGCUGGCUUAGUGCUACCCAUCUGAACCCCCAGAUUACUACCCAAGUCUUCCUUUUGCCCCUUCCUGCCCUAACAGCAAGUACCAGGCCAUUCCCUUCCCCAGCAAAUGCCAGGGGCUUCAUGUGAAGAGGAACUGGCCACAGGGCUGAGGGAAGGAGAAACUGUUUCUGCAGGAAGGACAGCAGUGCCUCCAGGCUCUUGGGCAUCUUCACAUGUUUCUAGAGAAAGGACAAGCUCAACUCCAAGCCUUUUCACUAGAAGGGCAGGCAGUGCCCAUUCAUCUUGUCAGAGGCAACCUCAGCUGUGGACCCAAAUGGAGUGAGCAAAGGGAGUUCAGGCCUCCACUCUGCUCUAGAGAUGGCAGUGACCAGGCUCCUGAUUCCCAGGAAGGAGGGAAGCUAAAGGAAACCUGGAAAGGCACUCUGGAGCAGCAGGAUGGUCACAACAAUAAGCCCAACACACAGCAGGAGCAGGAGCCACACAGGAACACUCUCUGCAGGAGGGAAAGGGAGGAGGUCAGCAGGCAAAGCGGCUUCCCAGCCUGAAAACCAGAACCCUUCAAAGGGGGAGUGGCACAAAGAGCCCAGCCUCCAGGGGGGCACGUUUCUGGUCCAGUUAAAGGUGGGGUGGUGCCUGCCUGCCCCGCCCCAAUGACUCACGCCGUGAGGGCAACAGAUGCAGCUGGCAACGACUGUCCACAGCCACAGAGAACAGGGCAGUUUCAUGGGACCCAAGGAGCUCUGGACCACGACCCUUCUCAGGUAGAAAGGCCACAUCCGUCACCACAAUGCCAUGGGCCUCCCUCACGUAGUAGAGGCACUGCGGGCAGAAGGAAAACCAGUGAAGAACGGCCUAGCUGGGAACUCUCUUUCUGGAAAGCAUGUUCCCCGCCCCCAGGUUUUCCCUCAAUAGAACGGGCCAGACUCCUUCCUGCAAACUCGGUAGAGAGAGGCCUACAGUCCACCCACAGGGCCAUGCCAACCUCCACCCAUUACCUGGAGAGAGAAAGCUAUGUAGAUGGCAACAGAGCCAGUGACUGUGCCCAGGCCUAGGAAGGUGCCGGACUCACUGCAACAAACAAUAAAGUGUUCGUUGUCCUGGA